GUGAAACUUGCUGUUCGUGUUGAUUCUUGUAUACCGGAAACAAUACUCGCCGGAAACAUCAUCCAUAUCUUUUCCCCUCAAGCAUCGUGUUCAUGUUUCCACAAAUCGUAUCUUUCUAGUCAGUCAUUGACAGUGAGCAAAGAAUGAAUCAAGCACCUACUUCUUCUAAUCCUCAGCCUUCGGCUGACGACGAGGAAUCGAGCAAGAGAGCAGCGCUUGCCGGACAGUGGAGAACUCCUCCUCUACCGAACUUUCCGGCCUCGUCUUCGGCCACUCUGGCACUACACGCAACGCCUCCAAACUCUACGGAAUCCGAAAGUAUUCCGAACAGUACGAUACUUCCUGGAAACUCGGAGGAUUAUGUCAAGGCUCUACGCGAAGCAUAUCGGCGCGGUGCCGAAGCGGCAGCGGCCAUGGCAGCGCAAGGCAACAGCACCGGAGGUUCCGCUGUCCCCGAUCCUGGCCUCCAUUCCAAUACCUUCUCCUGUCCCAACUUUCAACAGACAUCGAUCGUCCCUCCAACAAUCGUAGCGUCGGCUCCAGCCACCAGCUCACCUUCUUUGCCGAAUACCACAAUGCCUCCUCCUUCCGCUCCGGGUAGUCAGCAGGGUGAGACAGCCGUGGUUCCGAAUCCUUUGGGAGCCCCGCAGCGACAGCCUCCUUUUGCGACCCAGCGCGCUGCGGCUAAUUCGCCAGCGGCCAUGCCUCCUCCCGCACCGGUUUCCCAAUCUUCCUUGAUGCACAUUGAUCACAGUCAUCCUGGUGCGCCUGCGAAUCUUCACACGAGGGAGUCGGACAACCCCCAAGCACCAGCGUCUGCUCAGCAACGUUCAAUGAGUUUACCCGAUAUGAACUCUUACGCGGCACAACAGGAAGAUGAUAAACGCCAAAAGCGACUGGCACGAAACCGUGCGUCGGCACGGCUCCGGCGGUUACGCAAAAAGAACUUGGUGGACGCGUACGAGACUGAAGUAGGUCUUUUGGAAAAGACUCUGCAGCAACUGCAGGCCCACGAGUGGGGUGCACAAGAUAACGCCAGCGCCUUGACGGAAGCCCUUUCGAUGGAUCGUGGCCAGCAAGUCUUGACCGUCGCGGAACGACAAGAAGCUGCCAAAGACAUUCUAUCGCAACAGCUUCAAGUCGUCGAGAUGUUGGAAGAUUUGCUGUCCGAACAGUACGUUUUGCAUUCAUUGGAGGACUCUCCCGAGUUCGAGGACUUGAAGCAGACACUGCAGCUUUCGGACGAGCAAUUGCAGCAUCUCACGAACGCAAAGUCGGGUUGGGAAGACGAAUGGGAGGCUCUACAAACGGUCAAGACAAGCUUGACCGCCAUGAAGGAACAUGAUUGGUUGUGGACCGAAGGUGUCACGACGGUGGCCGAACAGUUCAUGUCCAUUCUUCACGCCAAUCAGGUUUCCAAGUUUCUGUUGUGGACGGACCACAAUGCCGAAGCUAUUGACGAGCUGGACCACUUGCACUCGUCCUCGACCGUGGCAAGCGGACCCGUGUUUUGCUUCGGCGCGGAAAACAAUUCGGAGGGCAUGAUGGACGAGCAAGAAAAGUAGGAAAAAUGGGAACUGCUAUCGAAAUCAG